AUGCCCUUUACGGCUUGGGAUGAGGCUUCCGCAGCAUCCAAGGACUUCGUGUCCCAGUUGACCACAGUCGAGAAGAUUGGUCUCGUCACAGGAGGUUACUCGAGUCCCAGCCUUCCAUGUGUGGGUGCGAUCGGGUCCGUCGAGCGACUGGGGUUCGAGGGGGUGUGUUACUCGGAUGGACCUAGCGGCUACUCGCGUUCCGAUGGUGUCAGUAUCUUCCCUGCCGGGGUCUCAACAGCAGCUACUUGGGACAAAGACCUCAUGUUCCGACGCGCUGUCGCCCUCGGAGAAGAGUUUAGAGCUAAGGGUGCUCACGUACACUUGGGCCCAUCUUCGGGACCUCUUGGCCGCCACGCAGUGGGCGGCCGUAAUUGGGAAAGCUUCGGGCCUGACCCUUACCUGGCUGGAGUUGCCAUGAAUGCUUCGGUUAUCGGGAUCCAGUCAGUCGGCGUACAAGCCUGUUCGAAACAUUUCAUAGGAAACGAGCAGGAAACUCAACGGACUUCGACUGUUAGCGAUAAUGGCACAAUAAUUGAGGCCAUCUCUUCGGAUAUCGAUGAUCGCACUCUACACGAGCUAUACCUUUGGCCCUUUGCCAAUGCGGUGAAGGCAGGGACAGCAAGCAUCAUGUGCUCAUACAACCGGGUCAAUGGAAACUACUCUUGCGCCAAUCCAGAGAUGAUUUCGAUCCUCAAGGAUGAGCUAGCGUUCCCAGGCUAUGUGGUUUCCGACUGGUACGCUACCCACGAGACGCUGAGUUCCGCAAAUUCUGGGCUCGACUUGGAGAUGCCGGGCAAUGUCAGUGCCGCGGCUGGAGCCUCCUUCUUUGGCGAGUCGCUCCUCGAUGCAAUCAACAGCGGCCUCGUUUCAGCAGAUCGCCUCGGCGACAUGGCAACGAGAGUUCUGACACCGUACUUCUUGCUUGGACAAGACAAGGACUUUCCUUCUGUUGAUCCGUCAAGCGGAGCCGCAUUCCUACGCUAUCAGUACGGGCAUCAAAUUGCACUCCCAUCGAGCUAUGCGGAAGUUCCAGCUCGCGAUGUCAGAGGGAAUCAUGCGGAGUUAAUCCGAGAGAUCGGCGCUGCGGGAACUGUGCUCCUGAAGAAUGUUAACGGCACUCUACCUUUGACUGAGGAACUCAAUAUCGGAGUUUUCGGCAACGAUGCCCCUUAUCCUACCAUUGGCUCGGUCUUCCUUGAUAUCGGGACCCAGCCAGAAGGAUUCGUAAUGGGCACCGUCAAUAUUGGCGGGGGCUCCGGGACCGUUCGACACACGGACUUGGUCAGCCCUUUUGAAGCUAUCCGAAAGCACGCAGAGUCUUUGGGUGGGCGAGUGCAGGCAGUUUUCGACAACGACGAGCUAGCGGAUGGCCGCUUUAGAACGAUCUACCCAGUCCCGGACGUCUGCCUUCUCUUUCUCAAGUCCUACGCUACUGAGGGCCAAGACAGACACUCCGCCGAGCUACAGUGGUCUGCCACCAAAGCUGUCGAGAACACCGCGGCAAUGUGCUCCAACACUGUCGUCAUCAUCCACGGGCCCGGCGUGGUGGUCAUCCCAUGGGCGGACAACGAGAACGUCACGGCCAUUCUGAACGCUCAUUACCCGGGAGAGCAGACGGGAAACGCCAUUGUCGAUGUUCUUUGGGGGGCGGUCGAGCCAUCAGGUCGUCUUCCUUAUUCUAUUCCGAAAAACGAGUCGGACUACGGUCCGUCCAUUGUCAACCUGACGGGACCUGCCACCGACCGAGAUGCCUGGCACUCCAUCUUUGAAGAAGGACAGAUGAUUGACUACCGUCACUUGGACGCGAACGAUAUCGAGCCUCAAUACGAGUUUGGCUUUGGACUGUCCUAUACAGAGUUUGAGAUGGGUGACUCUCUAGAGAUUCAUGUCUAUACAGACAUCGCCCCUGUUGCGGAUGAAGGGAAUGGCGUGGGGCCAGGCGGAUUAAGCGAUCUCUGGGAGGUGGUGGCCUCAACGACCAUUGAGGUCACGAACUCAGGAAGCCUGGCAGGAUCAGCCGUGCCCCAGCUGUACGUUUCUUUUCCUAACUCCACGACACCAGAGGGGACGCCCGUCAAGGUUCUGAGAGGUUUCGAAAAGGUGCAUCUAGGAGUCGGUGAAACCAAGUCUGUGGUCUUUGACCUCAUGAGAAGAGAUUUGAGUUUCUGGAAUAUCGACAAGAAGCAGUGGACUAUCCCAAGUGGCGCUUUCCGCUUCAUGGGGAGUUUCAGCUCGAAGGACAUUAGAGCUACGGCCGAAGCCCAAGUGAUUUCUUAG